AGAACAAAUAUAUAUGCAUCUUUAUUGAUCGAUUUUUAAAAACUACUUAAAAAGUCGAAUAAUAAAUUACGAUUAAAAAAACAUUAUUACAUUAAAAUUCAAUUCUCUGUUUAGUUUUGCGACUUACUUGUCAUUACACAAUAUAUAUUAUUGACGAUCAGAAAUUGUAUAAACUUUGCUUUAACACUCAAAUUGCAUUUGAAUUUUCCUUUAUCAUUAUGUGUGUAAACAGUGAUAGAAAGUUGUAAAUAGUUUGGGGCAGUUUCUCGAACAUUCGAAAGCCUACGCACAGUAUGUUGGAACUGUGCUAAUAGUUUCAAAACAAAUUCAAAAUUUAUACGAGAAGAUAAUUAAAAAAAAUGAAACGAUUUUGAAAUAUGUAGAAAAGAGAACUAAUUAAAACCUAAGCGAGGAAGUACUCAUCCGCGGACAUAAACAUAGAUAGAUCUGCGGUCCCCUGUGAUUUUCGCCCCCUGUGACUGUGUCGGUUCCCAAAGAAAACCCCAUAUAAUCCGGAUAGUCCAGAGUCCCCCGAAUUCCCCGAGUUCUAAUCAUGUCCGCGCUGGCCGCCGAGAAACGCGCCUCUUUCGCGCGUCGCGCCGAAAGUCUGGUGGAGCGGGUGAGAAUUAUGAAUACCAUUUACGAGAAAUACAAUAUCAGCACCGAGAAAUGCGGGGAUCUGACCGUAAUAGUGCAGGGCGACCUGUCCCAGCAGGAGAAGCGAGCCGUAUUUAUCACGGUCCACGACCUGGGCUGCAACCAUAAUUCCUUCCAGGAGUUCGUGAGCAGCCCCUGCAUGACGGAGAUCAAGGAGCGCUCCUGCUUCAUACACGUGGAUGUGCCGGGGCACGCAGACAACGCCGAUGCCUUGGCCGAUGGCUUUCCGUUCCCUUCGCUCCAGGCUCUGGGCGAGGACCUGGUCACCGUGCUGGACUAUCUGCACGUCAAGUACGUGAUUGGCUUGGGUGAGGGCGCCGGUGCUAAUGUCCUGGCCCGCUUUGGCUUGGCCCAUCCCAGCCGGGCACUGGGUCUCAUUCUGAUCAACGCCACGGGCAGUGCCGCAAGUGUUGUGCAGUCAUUCAAGAACAAGUUCAUUAGCUGGAAGAGCGACGAGGUGGCCCAGUCGGCUGAGAGCUUUCUGAUGUACCACAAAUUUGGACAUGUUAUGGAGCAAAUCGUGGGCGAAAAUCCGGACAAGGACAAGAUCGUGGCCGAGUACCAGAAGCGUUUGCAUCGCUCCCUAAACAGCAAGAACAUCGGUCUCUACGUGAAAGCAUUUAUGAAUCGAAAGGACUUGACGCUCAAAGGCUGCAAAGUGGAUGUCAUCCUGAUCACUGGCAUGCUGAGCCCCUAUGCCUCCAUGGUUGAGAAGCUGCAUCGUGAUGUGGAGAAGGAAAGGGUGACCAUACUGAAGAUCGAGCGGGCUGGUGAUGUUCUCGCCGAUGCUCCUGGAAAAGUGGCCCAGUCCAUAUUGCUGUUCUGCAAGGGCCAGGGCCUGCUCACAUCGGUGGUGAUGCCGGGAGUGGAUCGCGGUCGCGCCUUCUCCACCGCCAGCUCAGGUUCCUUCGAGGGCGCCAAUGGAUCCCGGCGCUUGUCGCGCGGCAUCUCGAUGGAGGACUACGACAAGCCCAACAUUCGCCGGCUCAGCAUCAUGAACACCAGGUCCGUCUUACGCUUCAAUCAAGUCUACAUGGACGCUCCCCCGCCGACGAAGCCUCCGAGGGGAGUGAAGUACGGCAAGGAUGAGUCCGCAGGAUGUGGCUUUCUGGUCAACGUCAUUAAAUCUCUGGGAUUCAGCGAGACCACCGAGGAACGCCAGAAGGAGAAGCAGAAGAUCGAGCAGGAGUUCAAGCGCUCGGACCUCCGGCUGAAUGAGCUGGUUUCGCGUCACGACCAACAGCUGACCUUGGUGCUGCCCCUCUUCAGCCAGGUGUCCACGGAGGUUACUGCCAGCCGGGAGCGGAUUCAUGCCGUCAAGGAGAACCUCGGUGCUUGCAAGCGGCUGUUGCAGUGCCGGCGCGAUGAGCUCAAGAAGAUGUGGACGGACGCAGUGCAGCACAAAUACGUGCUGGAGAUGCUGGAGCAAAUUCAGGAGCUUCGCAAAGUUCCGCAACGGGUGGUCAGCUAUACCGCGAAGCGACAGUAUCUGCACGCCAGCAAGGCCCUCACUGAUGCCUUGGCUACGCUAAAUGGGCCACUGAAAGCCGUCGAAGGUUUGUCCGACCUGCGGGCCGAUCUGCAGACGCGUCGCCAGCAGCUGUACCAGCGAUUGCACGAGGAGCUGGUCAGCCAGGUCUACACCAACUCGGCCAACGAGGCCUUCUCCACGUUCCAGCGCAGCAACUCUAGCCGUUUGAACUCCAGCUUCACUCGGGGAAUUGGAGCACGCCGCUCCACGGAUCGCAUCGAGGCGAACGCUCGAGUGCGCAAGGCUCUUGCUGAAAUGGCACAGAACUUUGAUUUGGACAAGGCCGAGGUCAUCGAAGAUGCAGAUCUUAUUUACCCCGAACUGAGUAUGAGCUACUUUGUUGCCAUCAUUGUAGAGUCAUUCGGUAUGCUGCACAAGGUGCCCGACUCCCUGGAAACGCUGCGCGUUCAAAUCCAAACGGAGCUGCUAAACGUUGUGCGCCAGACAACACAGCAGCUUUCGCUGAGCGGAGCUACGGGAGAGGGCAAUCCGCUCCUCAUGCUGUUGGAGAUAAUCUUUAAGCAGUUUAAAGCUAUUGCCAAGACGCAUACCCUGCUGCUGAAGAACUACCUGUCGGUGGGCCAGAAGUACUCGGUGGUGGGACCUCAACCCUACGACCUCACGGACUUUUGGGCCCAGGCUCAGUCAGUGUUACAACUGCUGCUCACCGAUUACUUGGACAUACAGAAUGCUGCCUCAGAGGAGAGUGCCCAGACGGGUUUCUCAGAGCCGACGAGCAACAUAAAUUCCUAUUUCCUAAGGCGCAAAGUGCCAAGCACUAAGCGCUCCAUGUUCAAGUUCGACAAGUCUUCGCAUGUGGGUGGCGGCAGCAACAAUGAAUCCUUCAAGGAGCAUCGUCGCAACGCAUCAGAUGCCUCUGUGGAUGAUAAUUUGGGCGCCCAGCUCGGGGGCAGCGGCAAGGGCUCGACCAGUGGCCUCUUUCCCCACGAGAAAAAACAGCGGGAGAAGUUGUUGAUAUGCACGCCCGAUCAAAAUAUCAUAACCAAAGUUUAUCUGCCUCUGAUGGGAUACAUCAAAGAGAUAGAGAACUUCAUGAAGUGCAAGCCAGGUCAGCCCUGCAGUCUGCAUGACUUUUUAGACAACUAUAUUAAGGACACAUUCCUAUCCAAGGGCCACAACCGUAACCUACAGCUGACCAUCGAGUCGCUGUCGAAGAAUCAGGAUGCGUGGCGCACUAUUAUAAGUCCGGAAGAGAUAAAAACACUUAACCUGAGCAGGCCUCUGCUGCAGUCAACUGUGAUGGUCGAGCGACGGCUCAUGGAAACAAAGAACCUCAUCCAGGACCUGCCUUGCUACUCGGAAGACCUGCUGAAGAUGGUCUGCGCUCUUCUCAAAGCCUACAGAGAAAUCUGCCAGGCAGCGUACCGAGGAAUAGUGCAGCCAGAUUCCGAGGACAAGAGGAUAUACAGCGUGGCCUGGCUAAAGGACGAAGACAUUAGUAGAUUCUUAAAAACGCUGCCCAACUGGACGGACUUGAAGACCUCCAGUCAAAAAUCGCGGCAUAACCGGAAACUGCAUCGUGGAAGCUUCGAGCCCUCGGAGGAGGAGAGUCCCUUGCAGGUGCAGCAACGCAAUGUCCGUGAGGCCGAGAUGCUGACCAGCAACCUUGGUGAGGGUGGUAUCACCCAGCAGGAGAUUCUGGUCGAGAUCAGUGUGCUCAAGGAGCUGGCCAUACUGCAGGAGAGCAUGGAGUGGUUCUCGUGUCGCGUCUCUGAGUUCGCCAAUGAUCUCCGUCGCCCGAUGGUUAAUGGACUGAACGCCGUCUCAGCCGAGUGCAGCGCUGACAUUGCCGUUAAGGAUGGAACCAUCAAGGUGAUGACCAAUCUGGCUUUGGAGUUUGACGAACUGGCGAACACCUGUCUGCUGGUGCUACAUCUGGAAGUGCGCGUCCAAUGCUUCCAUUAUCUACGCUCCAAGUCGAGUGUGAGGACCAACAGCUAUGUAGGGUCCAAGGAUGAUAUUCUAGAGCCAGAUCGCCAGGUGCAGGUGCUAACCAAGAGAUUGUCAGAGAUGGACGAGGCGUUCAGCGCCACUCUGCAUCCAAGAAAGACCAGGUACAUUUUCGAGGGCCUUGCGCAUUUGGCGUCGCGCAUCCUAAUCCAGGCCUCCAAUUAUCUGGAGCAUAUCGAUCAAAUAACUGUCCAACGCAUGUGCAGGAACUCGAUUGCCCUGCAGCAGACGCUAAGCAACAUAACUGCCUCCAGGGAAGUGGCUUUGGAUCAGGCCAAGCACUUUUACGAGUUGCUCUGCAUGCAGCCAGAUGAAAUACUGAAUGCAUUGUUGGAACGGGGCACACAGUUCUCGGAGAUGCAGCUGCUUAAUGCUCUGCAGUUGUCGUGCAAGUCCUUCGGGAUAACAGACGCCAAUCAAUUGGCUUCCUAUCAGCAAAAGCUCUCUGAUAUACUGGGCGCCAAGCCCUCCAAAGGUGUUGUUGUGUAAUUAAAGCUGCAUGCAGCCAGCCGGAGGAGAGAUCAAUUUUAAUACCAAUAUGUUUGUAUACAUCGGCAUUAGGUGUAAGGGCAACGUGUGCGUGUUAAGUGUUAAGCUCAAAAUGAGGAUGAAUGUUCAGAACAUGUUUGGCGAGCACUUGGUGUUACGAUGUAGUCGUUUAGACAGAUAUAUAUAUUCUAAAGUUCAUUAACAAGUACUUUAAUGGCUUAUACACAAUAAAUGAGAAUUUAACAACGA